AUGCCUCGCUUUUCUGAUGCGGAUCUCGGCGGCGACCCCGCCAGCCCUGGUGGCCCCCCUCCUGCUCCCAGCGAUGGCACUGCCCGCGAGGACAUCCACAGCUCUGGCGUUGCCAUCCCGGCCGCCGACAACCACUCGCACACCAUUGAGGUGCCUGCUACCCGCAGCUCCAUCAGUGACAUCCACAUGCAGCGUCUGAGCCUGUCCCCCUCCAUGCGGGACCGCCGGGGCUCGCGCAACUCGUUCGGUGUUUCUCUGCCCAUUCCUCGCGAGCCGCGGAAAUCACGCAUGUCCGUGGCUGAGAAGCCCGGUUCGGCGGCCCGCGACAUCCUGGCCUCGCAGGUGCAGGAUACCCAGAAGGAGAAGGUUGCCAAGGUCAAGAACAUGUGCUUUGCGUUCGACAUUGACGGUGUGCUGGCACACGGCAACAACGCUAUCGCGGAGGCCAAGACCGUUUUGAAGAUUUUGAACGGCGAGAACGAGCUUGGCAUCACCUUCCCCUACAUCCUCCUCACUAACGGUGGUGGUAAGACCGAGGACGCUCGCUGUGCGCAGCUGUCCGAGGUGCUCGGCUUUCCGAUCUCGACCGACCAGUUCAUCCAGUCGCACACUCCCAUGCAGGCUCUUGCGGAGUACUACGAGAACGUGCUCGUCUGCGGUGGUGAGGGCUUCAACAUCCGAGGCGUCGCUGAGAACUACGGCUUCAAGAACGUAGUGCACCCGAAAGAUAUCCUGGCCUGGGACCCCACCAUCUCGCCGUGCCGCAAGUUCACCGAGGAGGAGAUGAAGGAGGCCAAGCCCCGUGACUUUGCCAACUUCAAAUUCGACGCCAUAAUGUGCUUCGCCGAGUCGCACGACCAGUCGACCGAGUACCAGAUCAUCCUGGACCUGCUGCUGAGCGCCAACGGCCGCCUGCUGACCCGCGCCAAGGACCCCGCUGCUCGGGAUGCCGUGGCCGGCCACAUCCCGAUCUACUUCUCGCAGGGCGACCUGCUGUGCCCGACCGAGCACAAGGGCCCCCCUCGUCUGCACCUGGGUGCCUUCCGCGUCGCCCUCGAGGCCCAGUACAAGGCCCUGACCGGCCGCGACCUCGAGCGUAUUGUGUACGGUAAGCCCGAGCGGGCCACCUACAUUGUCGCCGACGAGGUGAUCAAGUCGUGGAUGGAGCAGAUCUACGGCGAGAAGAAGCUACCGGAGAACAUCUACAUGAUCGGUGACAACCCGCAGUCCGACAUCAUCGGCGGUAACCUUUACGGCUGGAACACGUGCCUUGUCCGCACCGGUGUGUUCCAAGGCGGCAAGAAUGACGUCAACAACCCGGCCAACUUCGGCGUGUUCGACCACGUGCUCGACGCCGUCAAGGCUGCCAUCCGCAAGGAACUUGGCAACGACUUCAAGUUCGAGUGGAACCCUCCCAACCCGACCGGCUCUUCCUCUUCCGCCAUCCUUGAGUAA